UACUUCUAAAAAAAUUGCUAAUCUAAAAUCAAUCCAUAAUUUGACAGACAUCCAGAAUACAGCUUUUGAUGUAUUAAUUUUGAAAAAACCAACAGCUGGAGGGCUUUGGUAUCUCAGGAAGCAAAGGAGGUGGAGGCUAGAGGGGUGCACUGCCUUUAUAUGCAUAUACCAGGGGUUUCCAACAGACUAUGAACCAGGGACCACCAUUCUGACUAAGAAGUAACCAUAAGGGGCGGAUCAACUGAAUGGGAACUAUUUUAAUCCUGCAAGUCACCGGGCUUUUCUAAAUUUUAUAUAUUUGAAUGAAUUCAAUUAUUCACAAACAAUAAUUGAUACAUGGAAAUGUGUUUUUAAAAAGUUAUUGCCACAGUGAAACUACACUACUGAAUGCAUGGCUAGGGAUCGCUUGCUAUCUGUCUCUCUGCUGCCUUCACAGGUCACCGGGGACACACGGACCACUGGUUGAAAACCCAUGGCAUAUACAGUGCUCUUUACUGCAACCCAAAUGUAACUCUCUUUUCUAGCAGUGUCCAAAUUGUGAAAAAAAACGUGGUGUUCCUGAGUUAAAGUACAAGUCAAAAUUAUCACAGGAAUUAUGUGUUAAUACACUGCACUUAUAAAAUAGGAAGAUAUUUUGUUUUGGUUGCCAACAAGUCAAAAGUGAUUUUUUUUUCAUGAUGAUAGCCUUACUGUGCAACAAUAACAAUAUGAUGUUCAAUAUAUCAGACGUACAUAUGUAUUCAAGCCAUGAAUCUUUAUUAAGUUAGACAUAAAGUUCAGGGUAUGACCAAGGCUACUUUAUCGAUGGGUUGCUGUUUUACGUAAACUAUACACAUGUAUCCUGCAAUUCUUAAUUUGAGAAAACUUAGUUUACAGCCAAAAUGUUCUUGUCUUCAUAAAGCAGCACAGUACUUUCCUUGCAGAAAUAAAUUGCACCACAGCACUGUGACGGGGUCGCGUCAUGUUUUGUGACUGCAUUGCCUUCAUAGAGGCGAUGGGCGUUUCUGAACGCAGAUGGCGCUGUUGAGCAUAUAUUUUGUUUCAGUCCCGUUUCCCUCCAUGGUUGUCUCCUCUCUCCGACUAACUUAGCGUUUGGCUCAGUUCAUUAUACAGUCCUAUAUUCUCCCUCCAUUAGGGCAUCUCUGCCUUUGGACUGAAGAUCCCACUAAAACCCAAGAGAGAAAAGUUUAACUUUCAUAGGGCAAGAUGGACAUGAAAAAGAGGAUCCACUUGGAGCUAAGAAACAGGACACCGUCUGAUGUACGAGAACUUGUCCUUGACAAUUGUCGAUCCGUUGAAGGGAAAAUCGAAGGCCUCACAGCUGAGUUUGUCAACCUGGAGUUCCUCAGUUUGAUAAAUGUAGGCUUAAUCUCAGUCUCCAACCUGCCUAAACUAGGAAAACUCAAAAAGCUGGAGUUGAGUGACAAUAGAAUCAGCGGCGGCCUCGAUGUUUUAGCAGAGAAACUACCCAACCUCACACAUCUAAACUUGAGUGGCAACAAAUUGAAAGACAUCAGCACAUUGGAACCCUUGAAAAAGCUGGAUAAUCUUAAGAGUUUGGACCUAUUCAACUGUGAAGUGACAAACCUGAACGACUACAGAGAGAGUGUGUUCAAGCUGCUGCCCCAGCUGACUUACCUGGAUGGCUACGAUAUCGAGGAUAGGGAAGCUUCGGACUCUGAUGGAGAGGUGGACGGUGAUGGUGUAGAUGAUGAUGAUGAUGAAGAGGGAGAGGAGGAGGAAGAUGAGGACGGAGAGGAAGAGGACUUUGACGAGGAAGAGGAGGAUGAGGAGGAUGAAGAGGAGGUAGAAGGAGAAGAGGAUGAUGAUGAGGUCAGCGGAGAAGAUGAGGAGGAAGAAUUUGGUCAGGAUGGAGAAGUAGAUGAAGAGGAUGAAGAUGAGGAUGAAGAUGAAGAUGCAGAGGCUGGCAAAGGUGAGAAGAGAAAGCGAGAACCAGAGGAUGAAGACGAGGAAGAGGAUGAUGAAGACGAUGAUUAAGAGCAAAGCUGAAGAUGAGAGCCUACCGAGUUAUCCUUUCUCCCCCACAAACCCAAACAUUCGCCCUCCUACAACUCACACCGCCUUUGUAAUCCACGUCUCUAGCCCUCCCCCAGCUCUGAGCUCUUUUUAU